GCGCUCGCUCUGCCGCGAAGGUAUUAUUUAAGGGUGCGUCUACGGUCACUCUGCAGAAUACUUUUGUCGUCGCAAAAAAACUAAACUACCCAAGAAUCAAACAGAAUGUUCGUUGUACGUCGUAGCGCAUCUCGCCUGUACCCCGCUGGAGUCCAGCUGGCCAAGAUGAGCGGCAGCCAGGUGGGCGACCUGGGCAGUGGCGCCGGCAAGGGAGGCGGCGGCGGUGGUUCCAUCCGCGAGGCCGGAGGGGCCUUCGGCAAGCUGGAGGCUGCCCGCGAGGAGGAGUACUUCUACAAGAAGCAAAGGGAGCAGCUGGAUCGCCUCAAGAACGACCAGAUCCACCAGGCUGAGUUCCACCACCAGCAGAUCAAGGAGCACGAGGAGGCCAUCCAGCGCCACAAGGAGUUCCUCGAGAACCUGCACAAGUGAGCGGUGAUCCAUUCACCGGCAGAAGGCGACCGCACGGACGGAUGAACUCGAGACAUUUACUAAAAUGCAUUUCACUCUCUUUUGUAUGUUCCCAAGUGCUCACUACUCCCUACCAGUAACCCAAAAAUGAUAUGUGUAUUUGAAAAGUGCGUAAUAAACCAUCCAUAUUUUGAAUGCUUUAAUCAGAA